AUGCCAGCACUGAUGGUCAACCCAGGCUCUCCCGUUCAAAAACUUAUUUCCCAGUGGGAGAACCGCUGCGACGACAAGGAGCAAUGUAAUGAAAAGAGUGCAAAUUUCAAGCUCGAGUCAGAUCGCCGUCACUUUGACAGGCGGAUGAGUGAGAGUUCGUGGACAGACUCUACAUCAAGCGAUACUGAUUUUGAAGAGUAUGAAGCCUGGCCGCCAGUAUUCUGCCGGCCCAGCACGCAUCUUGACACCAAGGUCAAGACUAGACUCUGGCGCGAAACAGUCGAAGAAAUGACGCUUGAGGAGGCUUGUGAACGAGUGGCCACGCUCUCGCUGGUACGGGAGUCGUUUACUACAGAUGACCCGGAACUUGCAGAUAGGCCGUCCAAGCGAGAGUCAGAUACCCAGCAAGUAUCAGAGGAGCCAGAAAUGUUGUAUCCUGAGUGGUUGCAAUAUAGCUGUGCAGUCGUGUGGGAGUAUCUUACGUUAACCCCCCAGUGA